GCACUCGUGAGAGUCGUCAGUGCCGUCGUCGCGACGUCACGUCAAGGAUACGCGAGUUCGACCGAGAUUGCAGCAGAAGAACUUGAGUUGCCUUUUGUGACAUAGAACGAAAACAAUUUCAAAAUGUUAAAUCUAAUUUUGAGGCAUUCUAUUAUUCCUAAAACUUUACUAACUCAAGUACGAUCUGCCCGUGAAAUCACACAAAAAUAUUUUAUACGUGACAAGAAUAUAUUUUCAACGGCAGUGACCGUUAGAAUGUUUCUAACGAGAUGCAUAAGAUUAUCUGCUGGAGCAACACGACAAACAAGUUUCCUUAAACCAAACAAAUUGGUACAAAAUUUAUUAAUACAGCGUCGGCAAAUGUCACAAUUGGAUGUAAACACAAAUGUACAGAACAAUGUAAUUUUAUAUAAAUUUGAAGGAAGUAAAUAUUUCCGAAAUAUGCGGAUUUUUGGAGUUGUACAAUUAUUUUGUUGUUCAGUAUUGGCUUAUUAUAGUUAUACUUCAUCAUUCUGGGAUAUAUACAGGGCUGAUGUAAACUUAAAAGAACAUUUUGUGAACUACAUGUUUCGAUUUUGCAUAUUUUGUUUUACAAUUAUGGCAGGUCCUCUUAUAUGUCUUUACAUUUAUGCUACGUGCGCUCGUAGCAUCAAAUACAUUAUUUUAAAUAAAGGUGGUGAAACACUUUCAAUUAGUACUUAUCAUAUGCGAAAGAAGAAAUCCAAACUAAAUUUACCAGUAGGAACGGUAAGGUGUACCGCAAACAGACAGGAUGGAACAGGAGUAUAUUUACCACUUAAAAUAGAAAAUAGAUCUUUUUAUUACCUAGUUAGUAGAAGUGGCACUUUUGUAAAUUCAGAACUUUUUGAUUAUACACUAAGAUAA